AGCAUCCCGCCAACCAGCACCACAAACAAUGUUCCUCAUAUGAGGUCUACGAGCCCAAUCGCGUGCUCCCUCAUACCAUAGUCCCCUCUUUUUUCCCUCGAUCCUAACCUCCUCCUCGCCCACGAUGUCGCGCUCGUCCUACUCCCCAUGGCUGGCCUUCACCGUCGUGUACACGUUCUACAUUGCGCUGGCCGCGGCGGUGUCGAGCCAGGAGCCGCUGAAGCUGAUUGAGAAGAGCUAUGUGGCUGGCGAAGCGAUUUCUGUUAGCUGUUUGAAUCGGACUAUAGAUACUGGUGAACAUAUUACAGACGAGCAAGGCCAGCUGGAAUACAUCCCCUUCCCAACUUGCAACGAAACCGGUCGACCACUCGAGCUACACUUUGGGAUAGAAAAAGAAAUCAACUGCACAAUCGAAUUCAUAGACGACGCCUUCUUCCAUCUCCUCGAAUUCUACGUCCACAACGACGCGCCCCUAACCUGCCGCAUCCCCUCACGGCCUUUGCCCUCCUCCAUCCUCCCCUCCUCCUCAGGCACGGGCACUGGCGCCGCUCCUCCCGCGGACGAAUACACCGUCUCGGACGAGUCCACGAAAAAAGGCGCCAUGGGCACCCAAUCGACCCUCUACACCCCCCUCAUCAUGGCCCUCGCGGGCACGCUCCAGCUCUCCCACCUCCACAUCUCCAACGCGCUCAACCUCCUCGUGCACGCGGCGCCGAAGGCUAUAGCACCAGGCACAAUCGACGCGGCGGCUGCGUACUCGGUCUCUGCGCACACGCGGCAGGCGAGGGUGUCGAUUGGGGACCCAUUGACGUUACAAUUCAGCGUGCGGUGGUACCCCGGCACCGUCUUGCCCAGCGGGUGGAGAGGCAUGGGCGGGCACUUAUACACGAGCACGAUUGUGUAUUGCUUGCUGAGUGCGGGCGCGAGCGCAGCGAUAUGCGUGGCCUACUUCAGGGGCGUGGAGCUGCCGCGGAGGCUGAGGCGGUAUGCGAGGGAUAAGGCGUAUGGAGGGGGUGGGGGAGGGUAUGGGUUGCCGGUUAGUAAUGGGGGCGGUUACAACGGGUACGGGUAUGGGGUUGGCAAGAGGGAUUAGGGAGCCUUGGGGUGGUGGUGAAUCAAGAGCUCGGAAUGUAAAUAUUGGCUUAUAGGGUUGGAGCAGAGUGGAGCAGGACCAUGGUCGACUCGGACUACAGGGCGGGCUGGAUUUGAUGAAUGCUGGGUUCAUGAUCAUUUUAGAGCAGCAUUUUCAGGUCUCAAGUAGUUCGUGUAUAUGUGUUUUCUUGUUUGCGCUGACAAGCAGAUUAUAGGGAGGCUAGCCUUUUGAUCUUCAUAGCAAUUGUAUUCUGGUCAGCAGCUCGAAUUCUAGAACCACUUUGCUAACGGGUCGCCC